AUGGCGACCAAUUGUGCUAGAAAACUCGUUCAACGAUCCACAGCUUCUGCCAAAACCUUAUUGAAUCGCAUCCAAUCAUCGCCUUCCAUUUCCACGGCACUACCAAAGCUCAAUGGACAAGCAUCCACCACCUCGGCCUCUCGAGUCUCCCCUCGCCACCGCUCCUUCUUCUCCUCCAGGCUACCGGUGGAGCUGAGUUGUUGUGAGUCAUUGAUGCCACUGCACUCGGUGACUGCCUCUGUAUUGCUAAAAUCAAUGCUAUCUUCAAAGGUUGGCCAAUGGGGCUGUCUUUCUGAAGGUUUUGCUACACCUCUAUAA